CUUCCGGCCCCGCCGAGCUGAGCGGAGCCGAGCGGAGCCGAGCAGGCGCUCGGCUGCCCCGCGGCACAGGGGGCCUGCCCGCCCGGCGCGGCGCAUAAGGCCAGCGCUUUCCGACUUCAGCUACAGUGCUAGCUAAGUCGGGGAAGGCACCACGGAGCGAAGCGGCGCGUCCCAGCCCCGGUCCCUGUCUCUGUCCCGCGGCAUGGCGCGGGGAGCUGAGCCCGCGGGCGAGCGGCGGCGGCGCUGCGGCUCUGUGCUCGGCUACUUCACCUCUGCAAAGUUCCUCCUCUACCUGGGGCACGCGCUGUCCACCUGGGGAGAUCGUAUGUGGCAUUUUGCUGUGUCUGUAUUCCUGGUUGAACUUUAUGGAAACAGCUUACUCCUGACUGCAGUCUAUGGACUGGUUGUGGCGGGAUCAGUUCUUCUCCUGGGAGCCAUUAUUGGAGACUGGGUGGACAAGAACUCCAGGCUCAAAGUGGCGCAGACAUCCUUGGUUGUACAGAAUGCAUCUGUCAUCCUGUGUGGUAUUAUCCUGAUGAUUGUCUUCUGGUUUAAGACACAGCUUUUGACCUUAUACCAUGGAUGGCUUCUUACGAUGUGCUAUAUCCUGGUUAUCACGAUAGCAAAUAUUGCCAAUUUGGCCAGCACUGCCACAGCGAUCACAAUUCAGAGGGACUGGAUUGUUGUGGUUGCAGGGGAAGACAGAAGCAAACUGGCAGAUAUGAAUGCCACGAUACGAAGAAUCGAUCAGUUGACCAAUAUCUUGGCACCAAUGGCAGUUGGUCAGAUAAUGACAUUUGGCUCUCCAACGAUUGGCUGUGGAUUCAUUUCUGGUUGGAACCUGAUGUCAAUGUGUGUGGAAUACCUGCUGCUCUGGAAGGUUUAUCAGAAGACCCCUACUCUGGCUCUCAAGUGUUCAAAAGUUGAAGAAUCAGAACUGAAACAGCUGAAUGCAAAAAAAGACAAUGACAUGAAACCUGCUGAAGGAGUGCAAUUAAUUGUUGAGAAAGAUGUAAGUGGCUUUGAGCCCCAACAGGAGAAGGAAGUCGGCUGUGCUGCCCGGGUUGCCGAGCCUUUCAUCACAUUUCGUGAUGGAUGGGUUGCGUACUACAACCAGCCUGUGUUUCUUGCAGGCAUGGGGCUUGCAUUUCUGUAUAUGACUGUUCUGGGCUUUGAUUGCAUUACUACAGGCUAUGCAUACACUCAAGGUCUGAGUGGUUCUGUGCUAAGCCUUCUGAUGGGUGCCUCGGCAGUCACUGGCAUCAUGGGAACAGUGGCUUUCACCUGGCUUCGUCGCAAAUGUGGUCUGAUUCGCACGGGCCUUAUUUCUGGAGUCGCCCAGUUUGCUUGUCUGAUCUUAUGUGCCAUCUCUGUAUUCAUGCCUGGAAGUCCUAUGGAUUUGACGGUUUCCCCAUUUGCUGACAUCAGUGCCCGGUUGUUUAAAAGUGAGCCAUUACCUACUAUUGCAUCUCCAGGAGGUGAGCCUGAAAUGGCUUUGGCAACUGGAAUGCCCAACUUGUUAAACGGGUCUACUACUCCUGCUAACAGUGGCCCAGAGAUGAGUCCUGAGCCCGUGCCUUUAAUCUCUGUUAGUCUCCUGUUUGCAGGGGUCAUUGCUGCUAGAGUUGGCCUUUGGUCCUUUGAUUUGACUGUCACACAGUUACUCCAAGAAAACGUGGUAGAAUCUGAAAGAGGCAUCAUAAACGGUGUCCAAAACUCCAUGAAUUACCUUCUUGAUCUGCUGCACUUCAUCAUGGUCAUCUUGGCCCCUAAUCCUGAAGCUUUUGGCUUAUUGGUGCUUAUUUCUGUGUCUUUUGUUGCAAUGGGCCACAUAAUGUACUUCAGAUUUGCUCAGAAAAGCUUGGGAAAACAACUUUUUGCUUGUUGCACUCCUGAUCCCAAAGCAGUCUCUGAUAGUUCACUGCCUGGUAAUACGUCCACUGUCUGAAAGGAUCCACUUCUUACUAACUUGCUACACAAAUAUCAUGGUUAAAAACAUAUAUGGCCUUUUGUUACCAUGUCUAAGGUGUUUCUCUAGAGUUGAAUGCAUAACUUAAACAUGUAAGGAAGCCUUCCCAAGAGAACCAAAAUCUAUUUUAGAGAGCCUGCACAAAUGUUUCAUGUUUGGCUAGGACAACCUAGCUGGAUCUUCAUGACUAGUGUUUCAAGGGAACCUCAGAAAUAAUACAUCUAGUAUUUGAUCACAAAAUAAUGUUGAAUUUGUCCCCAAGACCCCUACAGUGAUACUGUUUUGCAGUUAAAUGUAGUCACCUUGUGAAUUCUGAACAAUUCUUUUGCACAUUGAGCAAAACAAGGUUUUUAAUUAGUUGCUUCAUAGAAAAGCUUCAUAUACCAUAUUUGUUUUUUCUAUUUUUCCCCUAACCAUAAACAUUCUGUUCCACAUAUUUCUCCCCUGUGUUUUCAAAAGGGUUAAAAUGUCCUGUUCCUAAAGGGAACUCUGAAGUUCUGAUGCUUUCCCCAAAGAGCUUUUUAGUAUUAUAUCUGUUCUGGUUUAACUUUAUAGAAACACCUGUGUAGGUUUUUUUGCAUGUUUUCUUACAAUUUAUAUUAGCCAUAGGUACAAGAUAUUGUAUUACACUGUUGCACUUCAUAAACUAGAACAUAACCUCAUUUUAGCAGAAGCUAUUAAUAUAAUGUAACAUUAUAAAGCAUGGCUUUUUUAAUUGCAAAUGACAUGUCUGCUCAGGUUUGAUGUAGCAGAGAGUAGUAAGGUCAGGAGUACUGGUACAGAAAACUUAAAGUCUGGGCUAACUUAGCCUUUGCUUUUGACUACAAGCAGCUUUAGUUUAUUUUCAAAUGCUACUGUUUUCAGAAACCCUCUUGAAGUCUGAUGUAUUGGAAAAUGGUUAGUAUUCCAGGCAGAAGAAACGAAGUGGAUGACUUGCUUUUAUCUGUUUUACAUUUAUGUGGAUUUUGACUUAGUUUGUUCUAAAAUACUGCUAGAACAAUGAGAUGUUGGAUUGUGUGGCCCUCUAAAGCAACUUCAGAGAAAUGGAGAAUGAUAUAUCCCUCUGAUUUUCAAGAAGUUCUUGUGUUAGUUGACCCUGCACGUGUACUAACACAGUGCUUCUGUAGUCUUUAGCCAUUUAUGCACUUUUGUGGAAACUAUUCCAAGCACUUUGCUUUUCUGUAGAGUUGAAAUCUGUAGAGUUCCAGGUUUUCCUAUGGUAUGACAGUAUGGCCUUUCGACCUAAAUCUUUGUAAAAUGUUUGUUUGCCAAAUUAUAAGAAGUAUGCAGAAACAUGAAGGAUAAUUUUCACAAGUUGCUGACAUAACUUUUAAGGUUUUUAUUUUAGGUACUGUCCUUCACACAGUCAUCUAUGUUGCUAAACUUCGACCCUGGAAUGUAAGUGUGUAAACUCCAUUGACAUUAAAGGCGUUACACCAGGGCUGAA